AUGGCAAUGGUCAAGCUGCUAGCUGCAUUACAGCCGAACAUUGUGGGUGCAAAUCAGAAGGAGCUACAGCCGCCAACACUGCCCUGUGCUCCCCAUAGCUUCCUGGACACCAGAUCCCCCCUGGACCACUAUCAGCUUCACAUGCCCUCCCUGGGCCCACAACCCAUGCCUGCUGGUGGUGUGAACCAGCGGCCCGUGCUGACCACAGCCUGGGGCCGGGUACACAGGCGCCAGGUGCGCAUCAAGGAGAUCUUCCCGUCUAGCUGCACGCAGGCGCGCAGCGGUGUCCGCGUGGGCGUGCCGAACGAAAAUUUAGGACCAGCCAAUGGAAAGACCCUCAUUGCGCCAAACGCCAAACUGGUUCUUGCAGGUUCUGCUUCAGCUGCGUCCACCCCAAACAUUUAG